AUGACAAACAAGAAGGGGCAAGACCCCAACUUGUACUGUGACUUCCAUAAAGACUCAGGGCACCUGACCGAUGACUGCUAUAGUCUGCGCCAAGAAAUUGAGAAAGCGCUAAAAAGCGGAAAGCUAAGUCACUUGGUGAAGAACGUACGCAAAGAAACUCGUCAGCUCCAUCGCCACGAUGAGGGAAAUCACAAGAAGGUCCGACGCUUAGAGACCCACAUGGUCAACGGACCAAGAUACAGUGCAAAAGAGAAAGGCAAGCGCCCGUACGAGCCUUCAUGGCAAGAGCAGCAUGUCAUUUUCCCGGUAGUGCGCGACGGUCCUCGCGCCACACGACCCGUCGUCAUUACCGGCAUUAUCGGCCACUAUGAAACGGAGUACGUAUUCAUUGAUCCGGGAAGUACGGCUGACAUCAUCUAUGAACAAUGCUUUAAUCAGUUUGAUGAAGAGGACAAAGCAAGACUCGAGCCAGUUGAUUAUCCUUUGUCCGGAUUUUGCAACGAGAUGGUUUUCCCACUUUGUCAGAUCAGCUUCCCCGUCACGCUCUCUGACGGGAAGCAUUCAAGAACAACAAGCGUAAAUUUCAUGGUGAUGCCUGUCAAAUCGAGGCAUGAUGUGUUGAUUGGGAGGGAAACCCAAGGCGAGCUGAACAUGGUGACUUCCACCCCCCAUUCAGCGAUAGGGUUCCCAACCAAGACGGGAGUGGCAAUCAUCUAUGCCAAGAAGGAAGUGAUGUCAACCGAAGAAUUGCGUCCAACAAAAGCGGCGAAGGUCUCAACAACUGAGCCAGAAAAGUGGGUAUUAAACCGUAAAUACCCAGAGCAAAAGGUCACCUACACCCAUGAACGCAGACGACGCUAG